AUGUUCUCUCCUCGAAGUCAAGCAGGCGAAUGUGGCGCCGAUGGAAAGAAGUUUGAUCCGAUGACGGGGCAGUGGAUGCGCGAGGCCAUGGAGAGCCGAGUUGCCAUCGAAGAGUUGAAAGCUCAAAAUGACAAGCUCCAGCGCGAGGUCUACGGACUUAACUCGAAAAUGAACUUGAUGUACGAAUGCUGCGCCGAACUCGGUGUUGUGGACCGCCUAGGCGACUUGAUGCAGCGCAAGUUGCGCGAGUUCCAGGCAGCACAAGGAUUCAUCUGCGGUUCAAGUACUUUUCAAGACGUUGCUGCCUACUCCAGCAGCUACAAAGGACAGGUUUCUCGCGGGAACUUCCACCGCGUGCGAAUGUUUGAAGCAGAGGAAGCCAAACUGAGAGACCAACUCGACAUCUUUGGCGUUCCCAAGCUGCCACUGCAGAAGGCAGGAAGCUACUCGCCGACUGCGAGCAACCGCAGGAGCGGGGAUACCAUUGACAAGCUGCUGAUGUCAGCGGAUGCGCCCAUGAAAAGCAGCCGGCAAGAUACCCAACGCUUGUAUGGAUCUGCGCCUGUCGGCUACACGCCAUCUGAAGGAGGACUUGCUGCGUCGACCAGGGCACAAGGUAGGUUGGUCCUUUUGUACGAUCCUUAUCUUGAAGUACUUCUUCGCUAA